AGAUAUAUUUCGCAUGCUGUGCCUGCUUCAGGUUAGGCGCCAUGCGUCUCUCCGUUGCAUUCGGGAAAAUUGGCACCUCGUGGGGGCCUUGUGGGACCACGCCAUACUGUUGGCCAGUGCCAUCUCAGGCUCAUUAGGGUGCUGAUGACGGCGCGAAGGAGCGUACUGACAUGUGAGAGUAUUGUCUAGUAUUCAUACAAACCAAUACCGCCCCCAGAAGAACAUCAGCCAACAGCGCCUAAUUGUUCGUAGUGUUGGAUCGCAACGACCUUGUGGUACACUUGGCUCACGGAGGGCCUCUAAAUAUCGACCUAGGAACAAGCCGAAUGAAGGGAGAUCACCGAGACUUUCAUUAUAUGCAGCCUUUGAGGACUUAAUUCGCACGCAUUCCACUUCUCUGCAACCGCAAAUUAUUCCCUCUUUUCAAUUUGUUGAGCUACAAGUCCUAUCCCACCAUGUCUUGGGAAGAAAAUCUUGCAGCAACAGCACUUGGUGUAUUUGCUCAUCUGGGAGUUUUCAUUCGGGGAGAGUGGCAUCUUCGAGCGCCCAGUGUUGUUGCCUGCCAUGUGGCUGCUCUCGCCACGGGCAUCUCCUUGCAUACCCUUAAACGCCCCGAAGCCGUAGGUGUCAUCGCCGUAUGGUGGCUACGAUGCUUUUCAUACUAUCUGUUAGGCAUGUUUACCAGCAUUGCUGUCUAUCGUCUGUUCUUCCACCGCAUUCGACACUUCCCCGGUCCUCGAGCUGCAGCCGUCAGUAAACUAUGGAGUGUAUACCAGUGUCGGGAUUCGCGCAACCACCUGUUGCUGGAUGGAUUGCACAAGAAGUAUGGCAACUUUGUGCGAACGGGACCUGGUGAGAUUACCAUCUUCCACCCUAAAGCAUGGGAGGCCAUGGACGGAGCUGGCAAUGCCAACAUCCGCUCCGAUUGGUACGAUAUCGUCCACCCACGUAUUUCGCCCAUCUUCUCUCGGAAAGUAGAAGAUCACACAGAACGACGUAAAGUGUGGAGUCGAGCACUAUCUACAAAAUCAAUCCGAGAGUACCUCCCUCGCAUCCUGCAACAAAUCGGAACGCUAGAGUCAAUCAUUGCGCGUGCGAGUGCAGACGGCGAGCCAGUAGUACCAAACGAUAUCAUGCAAUGGUUCGCUUUUGAUUCCAUGGGCGAAUUCGCAUUCAAUGAGAAUUUUAGUAUGAUGAAGACGAAGACGUGGCACCGCGCUAUUAUGCAACAACGCUCUGCACUCGCCAUUCUCGGUUCUCUGAAUCACACUGUCUGGGCCAUUCGACUGGCUUUUGCCUUUUUGGGCCGCUUCUGGCGCGUCAAAGACUGGAUGGGCAUGAUCUCAUUCUGUGACCAGUGCAUGGAACGGCGACUGCAAACGGAGGCUACCCAGCCCGAUAUUGCUUCUCACUUCAUCAAGGAGUUCCAUGAAGGUAGGAAUGAACAGAAUUGGGUAACAAAAAAGCAAUUACUGAGUGGAAACACCGUUUCCGUGAUUGUGGGCGGAAGCGACACGACCGGCCCCAGUCUCAUCCUGUUGUGGUACUUCAUGGCUUUGUAUCCCGAGCAGGCGGAGCGCGUAUACCAAGAAGUCAAGGACGUUGAUCCUUCCGAUAUCAAUACACUGGCAAACCUGCCAUGUCUCAAUGGCUUCAUCAAUGAGAGUAUGCGGCUUAUCCCCGCCGCGCUCACUAUGGGUACACGCGUGACUCCCCCAGAGGGCAUGACAAUUGACGGGACGUUCAUUCCUGGCGGUAUCAAAGUUGCAGCGCCAAAGUAUACAAUUUUCCGAAUGGAAAGUGCCUUCGAAGAUCCCCUGUCCUUCGUUCCAGAACGCUGGUAUAGCCGACCGGAAAUGAUCCGCGACAAGAGCGCCUUCGCACCUUUUGGUGUUGGUCGCCGUGUUUGUGUUGGAAAGAAUCUAGCCCUUACCCAGAUUCGUCUUGUAGCUACGAUCUUACUCUCCCGCUAUCGAGUCCGAUUUGCGCCCGGCGAAACUGGGGAGGCUGUGGAGCGCGAUAUGCGAGACCAGCUCACAGCGCAGCCUGGUCGUUAUGCAGUAGUCUUUGAGCCAAGAAGUCAGAUGGCCUCGGCAUGAGAUUGAAAAGCAUAGUCAAAGAUCCUUAGAAAUAGAGGAGGCUGAAGCCUAGCUAGGCCUUCCUUUCUAGCUCCCGUCUCACAAUCGUUAAACUAUCAGUGUACAUAUAUAACGGCAUGGUAGGGAUUAUACAGAUGUUGGAUGUACUCUCUGCUACGACUUAAGGUACGUGCGUCAGUUUUUAUACUAUACACGAGGCCAUCAGGUCAUAAUGCUUCCAACCCUUCCCGGGCAAGCCUCUUUCGCAUUGCCUGCCACUCCACCCAAGUGACGCCUUGCAAUAGACAGUCCGCUAGAUCAUCCAGCUUCGUAACUGCACUGGUGGAGUCUGUGGCAGAAGAUUGCUUUUUACUCGUCCUUUCACCACGCCAUUUACGCAAGUACGCACCCGCGAGAUCAUGAACUGCAGGUUUAUCUGCCGCCAGACAGAUCUUUCCGUCCACCGUGGUGCGGAGGGCCUCCCCGUCUGCAAGGAUAGCUCCAUCUGGAGAGCCGUUGUUCUCGAGAGAAGCACCCAACCACCGCCCUACGAGGUCAAUUUUGGCCUUCUUGACUUCUCGUGCACUAACUCUGCCUUUUCUAGUACCUUCCUCGACCUCUCGGCCGGUAUCAAGAUCAAUGUCCUCCCAAUAUCUGACCACUCGCUUUGGUUCAAUACCCUGCACUUCAAGUCCAGCGAGACCACUCCCACUUUCCUGUCGGAGCGUGUGUAGCACCGCAUGUAACAUACCCUCCAGCACGCCAACACGUAUCGUCCACUCUUGCACGGCACUCCCGCCACCGGAGCGGAACCGCUGGCGUUCGAUCAAUACAUGAGUAGGCUUGUAGGCAGAAAGAAGGGAGGUAAUCAAUGUAUAAGCCAUUGCAGCGUACAAAGCUGGCGAGAACGCCUCCUUCAAGCCCGCUGUCAGCUCGGUCUCGACAGGCUGCGUGGACUCAGACAUGAGUCCAGCAUUGCCCAUACCAUCCGCCUUCACACCCGUACCCUCCAAAUCCAGCUCUCCAAUUUCGGAGACUUUCAAUCGAUGCCAAGCCGUGAGCACCGGUCUCGACGGCGCCCGCGCCGUCGUCUGCGUGACGGAAGCCCUCGGCACGCGCAGGUGUGCGAACGCGAGAUUCUGAAUCCCCAUAUCGAUACUCAGCACGCUCCAGUCAUCACCUGUCUUUUCUCGUAAGGGGACAGCUAAUUGCUGACAUAGCGCUGCCUCAAUGCGCGCCGUGAGCACGCUUUUCGUUCCAGAGGAUUGAAUCCCCGUUGCACGCGCGAUGCGCUGGAGUUGCGCGACCUUUAGCGGUGCGAGCCAGGGAAAUUGAGACACGGGGGUACGAGACGUGCGUAGAACUGUGGUGAGACGCAUUUCAUCGCCUCAUCUUAGCCCCCUUCUUGGACUAAGGGGGUGUGGGUGGGCGAGGUAGACUUGCUGCACGGGGGCGAGAUGUUUUGCUUUUUCCCUUUGCGGGAGACUGAAAUGUCAGAUGGAGAUACAGAUGGAGAUAUGAGCCGGUAGCGAGAUUAGGUUGUGGAUACGAUGAUGGCGCAAUACAGGAUAGUUCUGACUUCGGACCGGGUCCUAAGGGGAGUCUGCGAGGCGCGCUCUCAAGCCUUCCUUCGAUCGCAACCGGCUUGCGGGGCUGUCGAGGGCCCCCUUCGG